AAUGUAUGGAAUUUAGGGGAAAAAACCGGUGAAUUAGAAAAAAAAAGAAAAAAACUGCAAAAAAGCCCAAAUUCAACCAUUGUUGGUCGGCUCUUCGCCGAGUUCCCCCUGCCUUGUUGAAGAGCACUGGUAAAAAAAAUCCACUAUUUCCGAAUCCGCCGCGAUUGAAUCUCUCAAACGCCGCAGAAAUCGAGCGGAAGCCUCGACCCGGUGUCGGAACCGGAAUCAAUGUAUGGAGCCUCCGGAAAGAUGGGCCGCGGCGGCAAAAGGAGCAUUCACGCGCCGCCAACCGGCCGACCUACCCCCGCCAGCCGCCUCUCCAUGGGCGGGGGCCCACGCGGUCUCGGCCGGCCGCCGGCAUCAUCACCGUCGGCUUCCUCGCUGCAGGUGGAGGAGAGCUUCAGCCUUGUUAGGGAGAACCCUUUGAAUUUCGGGAUGGCAAUUAAGCUGACUGCUGACCUUGUGGAGGAGAUCAAGCGAGUGGAGGCGCAGGGUGGUGCGGCGCGCAUCAAAUUCGGCGCUAAUGCUAGUGGGAAUGUUAUUCAAGUAGGGGACAAAACCAUCAAAUUCACUUGGUCCAGGGAACCAGGGGACUUAUGUGAUGUAUAUGAAGAACGUCAGAGUGGUGAUGAUGGAAACGGCUUGCUUGUAGAGUCAGGAGGCACUUGGCGUAAGGUUAAUGUAGAGCGAGAAUUAGAUGAAUCAACUAAAAAUCAUGUCAAAAGGCUGUCAGAAGAAGCCGAGCGCAAAAUGAAAUCACGAAAAUCAAUUGUUUUAGAUCAUCAGAAUCCAGCUAUGAAGAAUCAAAUGAAGGCAUUUGCUGCUUCUGAGUCUACUCAAUGGAGAAGUUUCAAGAAUCGGAAAGAACCUCCUUUCAAGAAGCCAAAAUCUGCACCAACUUCAGGUGGACCUCCAAAGUCUGUUUUUAAGCCUGGUUUACCUAAGGGGAGGCUCUCUUCUCGCUCACCUUUGUCUUCCCAACCAGAGCAGCAACUUGGUCCUUCAACAUCUCCAAUCGGAAUUGGUGAUUUUGGGAAGGGACAAACUGUUGUCUCGGAUUUUGCGGCAACUCAAAAUCUGAAUAAAGUUUUGAGCUCUGAAAAAGAUACAGCCAACAGAAGGAAUAGUACCAUCAGCGAUAGAUCUAAAUUGAAUGUUGAGGCCAAACCUACUGAUUUAAAGAGUCGGAUUACUUCUCUACUCCUGGAGCAUCAGUCUACAGGAAUGAGCCUUAAGGCCUUGGAGAGAGCUAUUGGAGAUCCAAUGCCCAACUCGGCUCGGAGAAUUGAGCCCAUAUUGAAACAAAUUGCAAUUUAUCAAGCUCCUGGGAGAUAUUUCCUAAACACAGGAGUGGAGAUGGAAAGCUCCAAGAAGCUACCUCAAAGCAGAAGUUCUCCUGAAGUUAAUCGUGACCAAUCACCUGCACCUCAGAAGUUUGACCAACAUCCUAGGGAAGAUCCUAGCAUUCACAUUAGCACAGAUACCAAUAAUGAACUGGGUGAAUUGAAUUCAACACCUACUCAUCUAGCAAACAUCAUAGAGAAAAUAGGUACUCAGAAUUUGCCUGAAAAUAUAAGUGACAAAAAUCCUUCUAACAAUAACGAAAGUGUGGCAGGCAGCUCCAGUGAUAGUGGAAGUGACAGUGACAGUGAUAGUAGUGACAGUGGUAGUGAUAGUGGAAGUCCUAGCAAAAGUAAAAGCCGAAGCCCUGUGGGUAGUAGUAAUGACAGUGAUAGCGAUGCAUCUUCGAGCAGCAAGCAGGCAUCUGAUGAGGAUUUAGAUAUUAUGAAUAGUGAUGAUGAGAAUGAAUCCAAGCAUAAAUUGCAAGAUCCUGAUAACGACCCUAUUGAUAUAGGGAAUUCAGAUAUUCAAGAUCCCUUUGGUGAGAUUGAGAUUGACAUUGAGAAAGACUCCCCUGAAUGUGACCAUGGUCUGCAAAUGCCCCAGGCUAAUAAUGUACUUGCCGGUAAAGCAGACGAAGAAAGACGAGUCUCUGAGAGAAAAGGAUAUGAAGAAUCAGGUAGCAUGGUCAAUGAUGGCUUCAAACAUGGUCAGUCGGAUACUCAGGGAAGAUCAUCAAAGGGAAAUUCUAAAAGACGCUCUGAUGAUAAUAAUUUGGAAGACAGGGGACACUGCAAAAAGAAGUCAAAGAGUAAAAACUCAACCGAACCAGUUUCGGGGACUAUAAACUCUCUUUUUGGCGAGAGCCCUUACAACUCAUUAUCGCCUAAUAGGCCUCUGCAAGGCAUUGACACUCAGCCUGUUGACCUAAUGGAAGACAGAACCUACAAAAACGAUAGACAUUAUUCCGAUCAACAAACAGGUCCUAACCAUCAACCAGUAUCACAUAAACCUGUUUCCGAUUCUCAGCCAGUGCAAAGAUCUUCUGAAGGUCGUGGAUGGACUGAGGCUCCUUCUGGAGAAAAACGAGCUGGUAAACGACCUGGUUUGCUUAAUGAGCAACAGCAGUUACAGUUUUCCACCGGAGUUGGAGACAAACAUGCACCAAUCAUAGAACCCAAUAUCAGAAAAUCUGAAAUGACAGGUAAGGUGAAGGAAACAGGCCCUAGUUUCAACUCACACAGGGGGUAUUCUCCCAAGAUUGACAUUCCGAGUACUGCCGAUAGAUCUCCGAUGAUGAAUGGACGGAAUGGUGUACUUCGAAGAGAGCAGUCAGACUUAGAGUUGGGUGAAUUUCGAGAACCCUCCAAUGAGGAAGCUCCAGCAUCUAAGAAGCAAUUUGAGAGGAAAAAUUCGUUUAAACAUUUGGAAAACAAACGAAAGGAUGCUGAAUUCUGGAACUCAGAUUUCAGUGGAGGAAAGACUUCUAAUAAGAUCCCAGCGGAUCCGGGAAAAAUGUCUUCACCAAAUCCAGAUGCUGUUAUUUCCAGCAAUCCAGAUGGACCUUAUAGGAGGAAGGCCCAAGAAAAUUAUGUUGAUGACCGAACAAGACCUCAUCAUAGAAGCACCCAACCUCUUGAUGCACAUCAUCAGCCCCAAGUGGAUAUCAACUCCCAGCAAAAUACAGCACCAGAAGUGAGAGGUAAAACUAGAUUCGCGGAAGCUGGGAUGAGCAGGGGUGCUAGCAUUGAAGCCUAUGGAGAUGCUUCCCGGAAAAUUUCAGGUAAUUCAAUAGAACAGCAGCAUGAUCCAAUACAAGGAGUCGAACCCCGUGCCACUAAGCAAAGCAAGAAACAGAAGUCCAAUAGGCCAAGUGUCUCGAAUGAUAGACGAACAGAUGCUUUGACUGGGAGCAAUGAUAGCCAGCAACAAAAGAAAUUGUCUUCUUCAGAUGAUACCAGUUGUUCAUUCACUAAAUUUGAGAAGGAGCAGCCUGAGCUGAAGGGUCCUAUAAGGGAUAUUUCUCAGUACAAAGAAUAUGUGAAGGAAUAUCAAGAAAAGUACGAGAGCUAUUGCUCCUUGAACAAAAUAUUGGAGUCGUACAGGGAUGAGUUUAGUAAACUUGGUAAGGAUCUUGAGGCUUACAAAGGUAGGGAUGUGAAAAAAUAUAACGACAUCUUGGAGCAGAUGAGGUCCUCAUUUCGUCAAUGUGGGGAGAAACAUAAACGCUUGAAGAAAAUAUUCGUUGUGCUUUAUGAAGAGUUGAAGCAUUUGAAACAGAUGAUCAAAGACUAUGCCACCUCAUAUAAAAAGGACUGAUUCUUUUAUAUCGCUCUCUGAGAUUACCCAUAAUUUCACUGGAAAUAUACAAACACUGCCUCGUUAUCACCCUUCAUUGCUAGCGGAGUUCCAGACAAAACCUUGACGGAAAAGCUCCCAGAUCUAGCCUCCGUAUUCAAAAAGCCGGUGGCAACAGCUCGUGCUGCGAAGAGAUACUGAACUUGUAUAUAUGACUGAAUAAUAUAUUUGUUUUUGUCUUGGUUCUUUGUGGUACAGUAUAUAUUCUUGUGGUUUCUUGAGGGAGAUGAACCUUAUAGUUUUAUACAGUUCUCUCUCCCAAUUUUGACAUUAGUUUUAUAUUUCUCUCCCAAUUUUGACAUUUCUUUAGUAUCAUAGGUGUUGAUGAUGCUGGUAAACAUAACAGGAACCAAAAGUGGUUCCACAUUUUAUUUCUUUUGAAUUUUAAUAUGAUUUCAAGUUUGAACA